AUGGCGGAUAUCUACUUGUUCCUCGCUGAUGCUGGCGUAUGCGAAGAUGAAAGGGCACGCGUCUUUCGCAGACACCGUGACGCCUUUACAGCGCUAGACGAGGAGCAGUUUAUUGCGAAGUUCCGCCUCUGCAAGGACGCAGCCAGAGAGGUUUGCGACGCUGUCGCAGGGGAUCUGCAAAGACCACAGCAAUGGCGCAGCACCACUCUACCAGUUGCGCAAAGGGUGCUUAUGGCACUUAGAUUUUACGCAACUGGUGCGUUUCUUAGCAACAUCGCAGAGGAGGAAGACUUCCUUACGAGCAAGCGACCAGUGUCGGAGUCCAUUCAUGAUGUCAGCACUGCAAUCAUCCGUAACCUUGCCCCGCGAUACCUGAAGUUUCCCAUGUCACCCGAGGAAAAGUUGAGGGUAAAACGAGGCUUUUACGAGAUUGCAGGUCUGCCUGGCUGCCUUGGCGCAAUUGAUGGGACAGCGAUUUCAAUAAUGGCUCCAAGCAGGACAGACCAACGUUUUGUGGAUGGUAACUAUUACUGUCACAAGGGAUACCAUGCCAUCAACGUGCUUGGGGUGUCGGACGCUACUCGCCGCAUCCUUUACCUAAAUGCAUGCUACCCAGGGAGCUGCCACGAUUCAGCUAUAUGGAGUUUGUGUGACCUCCGUCGCCAGGCUCCUCAACUGUUUGCAGAUGGCGAAUGGCUUUUAGGUGACCUCGGCUAUCCUCUUGAGCCCUGGCUCAUGACCCCAGUUCGCAGCCCUGCAACGAGUAGCGAGGAAGCAUACAAUGAAGCCCAUCGUAAAACAAGGGUCCGAGUUGAGCAAACAUUUGGUGUUCUGAAAAUGAGGUUCAGAUGCCUGCAGCGAUACAGGACACUACACUUCUCACCGGAUCGGGCCUCCAACAUAAUAACAGCAUGUGGAAUUCUGCACAACAUGUGCCACAAAUACAACACUCCUGAGCCAGCAUAUGAGGAAGAACCAGAGAACUAUGAGGAUAACAGUGCAGGAGCGUUGGAUAUAGACAUCGACGAAGCCGAUGAUUUAUCUGUUGUAACCAGGGGACUGUCUAGAAGGAGCCAGAUAAUAAGGCAAUAUUUCUGAUGCUUUACAAUUUCUUCCAUUUUCAGUGCUGUUAAAAUAUUCAGUAUUGUAAAUAUGCUGGUGAUUUCACCUUUGUAAGUAGCUUCUGGAGUAACUAGGCCUGCAAGUACCGUAAUUUCACACGUAUUAGCCGUGGCUUAUGCGCGAUUUUUUUCUCUCACGGACGCUCCGCGGCUUAUCCUCCGGUGUGGCUUAUCUGAUGACUAUUUUUUCCUGGCAUCUUCCCCAUACGUCGGUUUUAAUGAAAGGGCCGACAAUGUCUCUGGACUAGUUCUGCCCCGCCGAUGCACGAACAGGGACGGGUCCACAUUCGAGUAGAUUGAUCUUCCUAGUGCAUUCCUCCAAGCAGCUUUAACGAAAGUGGUGACAGUGAUUCACGUCUACUGCAAGACCACUGACCCGUCAAUCCAUGAAAAACGCCAAACAAGGGCACAAUCCGAUAUUUGUAAAACUCUAGAGCUGACCUCCUUUGUUGAACACUAUGCCGACUUGGAGUAUGGACCACAGGGUUUACGGCCGCCUUUAUGGUUUCAUUUGUCGCACAAAUGAGUCGUCUCGUAUUGCCCGCGCCUUAUCUGCCAGUGCAGCUUAUCCGCCAGAAAAAUUUCAAAACGUUCAUAAGAA